GUCUUUCUCUGGUAGAAUGCGUUGGAAAUUAUUUUUACACUGAACGCCAUUGAAUUUGUUUACGUGCACAAUAUUCCCUGUUUUCUUGAAUACAAUAUCAGGACCAUUGAAUGUAAGCAGAAUUCUAUUUUGAGCGAAAACGAGCGAGCUUCCAGCUUGAAACGAAAGUUAAACGUGAGAGACUGCUUGCGGACUGGUUCUGAUGCUGUGUUCAUGGUUUAGAAGUUGUAUUGGUACAAACUUGCAGUGAAUCAACGACAAACUUCAAGACAAAGAUAUGGCGAGCGCACUGGCACUAGGUGACGAAAGCGUUUCCGAUAUUACAAAACAAAUCGUCGAUUUAAAUGUCAAGGAGCCUUUUGCGAAAGAAGAAAGUAAAAAAGAAACCACUGAUACGGCUUCAAUGCGAAUCAACGAAAUUGGCCCCAGUGCUGGUCAAGGCACAAGUGGUAGCUCACUGGGCGAGGUAGAUGCAAUCACUCACGGGUCGGAAACAGAAUUAACACCGUUAGAAACUGCAAGCCACAAAACGUUUGAUAAUGUUUUUUAUAAUAUGACGCAUACAAGAAGAGGUAAAGUAGUCAUCAUCAACAACAAAAACUUUGAAAAAAAAACUGGGAUGAACAUUAGAACUGGAACUGAUGUGGAUGCUUCCAACUUAGUGAAUAGUUUUCAAAGACUUGGUUUUGAGACUGACCAACAUGAUGAUCUGAGCGUUAGAAAAAUGCUUGCAGUUAUGAAACUGGUGUCACGUGACGACUUCAGUGACUGUGACUGCGUAGCAUUUGUAAUACUCAGCCACGGUGAUGAUGGGAUCGUGUACGGAACAGACGGCAAACUUGAGAUUGAUGAAAUAACAAAGUUCUUUCAGGCGGAUAAAUGUCCAACUCUUGCUGGAAAACCAAAGCUCUUUUUUAUCCAGGCUUGUCGUGGAGAUAAAUUUGACGAUGGAGCUAUACUUCUCAAGAAUGAUGAAGCAGAUGAAAUGGAUGGAGGCCGACAACAGCUUAUUCUUGUUUCUGCAGAUUUUCUUUUGGUUUACUCAACUGUACCAGGGUUCUAUUCAUGGAGGAAUCCUAUUAAUGGUUCAUGGUUUAUACAGGCACUUUGUCAGGUGUUAAACGAGUACGGUGACACUCUGGAUAUAUUACGCUUAAUGACCAGAGUGAACCAGAUGGUUGCCUACGAAUUUGAGUCCAGUACUACUAAAAAUUUUAUGAAUCAAAAGAAACAAAUACCUUGUAUUGUCUCUAUGCUGACUAAGGAUUUGUAUUUUACAAAAAAACCUCAGUAAACAUCCUAAACAAGUCCAUCUUUUGAGUAUGUGACAGUUGUUCGUUCCACGUUCCAUGAAGGCGUUAAAUCGUUUUAUCUUGGCUGGUUAAGGAUGUAGUAGACAUAACAAGUAUGUUAUAGUUAGGCUUGAUAUUUUCAUAUAAGAAUUGUCCUGAACUAUAGUAAACCAUAUAUUUUAUGAAACCUCUUAUCUCACACUUUCUGAAAUUCUGGGUAAUUUUGGAUAGAAUUUAAUGGUUAUCACGUGACUGCUAAGUAAAUAAACAAAAAUGUUAUUUAAAAAAAA